AUGGCGGAAAUCAAAGGCUCAACCCUCAACUUCACCCAAAUCUACCAAGACAACUCCUGGGGCGACUCGGAGUCGCGCUCCGGCCAUGGCUCCAAUAUGACACAAACGGCGCACAUCCGCGCAGCUCUGCCCUCACUCUUCACCGAACUCGGCAUCCAGUCCAUCCUCGACAUCCCCUGCGGCGAUUUCCACUGGAUGCAGCAUGUCACUUCACAAUCAGGCGCAAACAUGCAGUAUAUCGGCGGCGACAUUGUCGAGGAACUGAUAGCGUCCAACCAGAAAGCCUUCGGUGGCGGUCAUAUCGAUUUUAGGGUUCUGAAUGUGGUUAGCAGUGACCUGCCCAGGGUUGAUCUCGUCUUUGUGCGCGACUGUUUUGUGCAUUUGCCUCUAGCCGAGGUGUUCAAGGCACUUGAUAAUAUAAAACGGAGCGGAGCAAAGUAUCUGCUUACAACGACAUUUCCUGGACACCCUGUCAAUAAUGAUGAAUUUUUGCUUGGUAUGUGGCGGACGCUGAAUCUGGAGAGGCCGCCGUUUGGGUUUCCAUCGCCGCUGAAGGUGAUUAAUGAACGGUGCACGGAGGCGUUUUUGGGGGAUUCUUUUACAGAUAAAAGUCUGGCCUUGUGGCCGUUGGAGGAUCUUUAA